UGUCCCAGGUCACCGUGAUGAACCCGACCUUGGCAGGAGCAGCAGAGGCCUCAGUCUAUCAUCAACACGAGAAAAAAAUAACUAUCCGUCUGCCGGAUGAAUGCAGAAAUGUUUUUAUAACAUAUUCUUCAGACAUUUCAUCAGAGAUCGUCCCUUUUGUAGACUUCCUCACAAAACAAGGUUUCCGACCCGCUGCUGACAUAUUUGAUAGCCCAAUCAGAAGCAUGGAUAUCAACAAGUGGAAGGACAGCUACCUGAAAGAUCCAUCAGCUCUGAUUAUAAUCGCCAUCAGCCCUAAAUAUAAGCAGGACAUUGAAGGAUCAGUAGUGGAUAACCACGGCCUACAUACUAGAUAUAUUCACUCUAUGAUGCAGACUGAAUUCAUUCAACAAGGCAGCCUGAAUUUCAGAUUCAUACCUGUUCUCUUCCUCGGUGCAUCCCAGAUGCAUGUCCCAACUUGGCUCCUAAACACGCGUGUGUACCGCUGGCCACAGGACAGCGGGGAUUUGGUGCUGCGGCUGCUCAGAGAGGAAAAAUACAUCCCUCCACCUGUGCCCAUGGAACUCACACUCAUCAUCAGGCCUGUGGCCCCCAGCUCUGCAGCUUCUCUGUAA